AGCAAACAGGAGGCUGGACGAACAGAGCAAGAAAGGCAGCAUCUAGAGGAAAGGAGCAGUCAACAUUUCGGUUACUAUCCCUCUUCAGGACGGAUAGUUCAAGUCUCACUCAUCCAAACUAAUACUGCAACACGGUACUUGUCUCAAAUCGAGUCCCUCACUACCCUUCAGAAUGCAAUGAAAAUGAGUCUCCAUGAAAUCAGUGAAAAUGUGAAGUUGGGCAGAGAAUAUGCCUUAUUGGGAAAUUAUGAUUCUGCAUUAGUUUACUACCAAGGAGUAAUUGAACAGAUUCAAAAGUACUUGUCUUCAGUCAGAGAUCCUUCAUACAAGCAGAAAUGGAAUCAGGUAUGGCAAGAGAUAACUGAAGAAUGUCAGCACGUCAAAGAGAUAAUGUCAACGUUGGAUGGCUUUAAACAUGACAGCUCUCCGUUGCAGGCAGUACGACAUGAAGGACAUGAUUCAGAAGUCUGGUCGUUACCUGUGCCUGCAGAACGCAAUAGACCAUCUCCACAUCCGAGGAAGCGACAGUCAACUCCUUGCAAUGACCUUAGAGCUCCUCAGAAAGACCGCCUCGGAGCUCCAAUUAGAGGUUCUAGUCGUUCUGUACCCCGAAUAGGGAACAACGAUAGAGUGAGAUCAAACAAAGGAAAGGACAAGAAAGAAAAUCAAAACAAAGGAAAGGAAGACAAGAUUAAAGCGAUUGAUACCUCUGAAAGUGAGCCAAAAAAGUUUGAUGGUUCUGGGAAUGACCGAGAUUUAGUAGAAGCUUUGGAGCGAGACAUAAUAUCACAAAACCCAAAUGUUCGAUGGGAUGAUAUCGCAGACUUGGCGUCAGCAAAAAAAUUACUGGAAGAAGCCGUUGUUUUGCCAAUGUGGAUGCCAGAUUUCUUUAAAGGAAUCAGGCGACCUUGGAAAGGAGUGCUGAUGGUUGGCCCCCCAGGAACUGGAAAAACAAUGCUGGCUAAAGCUGUAGCAACUGAAUGUGGAACAACAUUUUUCAAUAUCUCGUCAUCAACGCUCACUUCCAAGUAUAGAGGAGAGUCUGAGAAACUUGUCCGCCUUCUGUUUGAAAUGGCCAGAUUUUAUGCCCCAACAACCAUUUUCAUCGAUGAAAUUGACUCCAUUUGCAGUCGUAGAGGAACUGCUGAGGAGCAUGAGGCAAGCAGACGAGUGAAAGCUGAGCUACUUGUUCAGAUGGAUGGUGUUGGAGGUGCAUCGGAAAAUGAUGACCCUUCAAAGAUGGUUAUGGUUCUAGCAGCUACUAAUUUCCCAUGGGAUAUUGAUGAAGCUCUAAGAAGGCGUCUGGAAAAGCGAAUUUAUAUUCCUUUACCUUCAGCAGUGGGAAGAGAAGAGCUGCUGCGGAUAAACCUCCGAGAAUUGGAGGUGGCAGAUGAUGUCGAUGUCAAAAAAAUAGCUGAACAAAUGGAAGGAUAUUCUGGAGCAGACAUAACCAAUGUGUGCAGGGAUGCCUCCAUGAUGGCCAUGCGACGUCGCAUUCAAGGACUAACUCCUGAGGAAAUAAGAAAUAUAUCUAGGGAUGAGUUGCAGAUGCCGACAACCAUGGAUGAUUUUGGAAUGGCCCUGAAGAAAGUUUCUAAGUCUGUUUCAGCUGCAGACCUGGAGAAAUAUGAGAAAUGGAUUGCAGAGUUUGGUUCAUAUUAAUCUAAAUGAAACACAUUUUGGUUUUUACUAGCUAAAUAUUAUUGGGGUCACUCAGAUAAGACAAGAUUGACUUCUUAAAUCACAGGCCAAAAAUGAACACUUCCAAUGUCCUAUUUAUAAAUCACUUGCUGUAAAAUCCAUACAUCUGUCUAUUGUUUACCUCUUACUUCUUAGAAUUGUUUUUAUUUGAACAGGUGUAUUGAAAAAACCAAAGUGAAGAUGUGGGAGAAUCUUGCCACUGGAAUCUGAGAGUUUUUAAAAAAAAUUCAAAGAAUUCUAUUUAAUUCUAACAUUGCUUUUCUUUAUUUAUCUAAGUUCAUUUUUUAAAAUUGUUUUAUUUAAUGUCCCCGGGGGAAAAUAGUUGCCUGCCAGCGUAAGUUAAUAUUUAGGUUUAUGCUGAAGCUAGUAUAAGUAAGAACUGUCAAUUGCUUCAUCAAUUAUACCCAUUAAAUGAAUAAGUCAAGGGACUAAAUUAUCAAGCUCAUUUCAGUUGAGUCAACUCUUUUGUCUUCAAUAUUCAAUUCUAGUUGUAAGUAAAUAAAGCAAGUGAGUAUCAAUCAGAAUUCUUUGAAUCUAUACUUUUAAUUGCAUUUGACAGGCUUCUUUCAUGUUUGUAAUGGAUUAAUUUCAAAUAAACUCCUUCAAGUGCAUUAAGUUCCUUGCAGCCUGCUACAGAAUGACUAAGAUGGAAAGAUGAAAUUUCCUUAUACUGUUCUUAAUUCUGAUUUUUGUUUAUUUCCUUUUUUUUUGCCCUGUUCUUUAUUUUACUUCUUACCUUAUCCAUUCCUUCCUUCAUCUCUGUAGCUUCAGUUCAUUAUUUGUGCAGUUACUCUGUAAAGUACAAAAGCUGUAAGGAUGCCAGAAAAAUAUGAGCCAGAUAUUGCUAAUAAAAGCAUUCAAUGCCUCGGCAUUUCUCACACGCUUACGUGAUGCAGUUGGAACUGUUGGCAGUAUUUUUACUGCCAUGUGGGCAAAUUUAACAAUUUGCUGUCCCCACUUUCUCGUUAUAUUUAAAGAUAAGAAAUCCACACACAAUGACUUGACCCUAGACCCUGGUUUUAAAAUUAGUUAAAUACUUGCCUGUAGAACACAUUCUCACCAUGCUCGUGCAGCUUUUAAAUUGUUGCAUCACUGCUCCAAAAUUAUCACUAGGCCUUAUCAAGUCUGUUAUCCUGCAGCAAAUGGUUUGACCACAAGAAUAGCUGAUUAAUUGAUUUUAUAUUCACUUAAAAUGCUAAUUUUGUUUCAUACAGACCACGACUUUAUAGUUUUGUACACUCUCAAAUUUGAAAAAGAGGUUCAGUUUGAACAACUGUAAUGUGAGAAAAUAAUGUCUGAAUUACAGUAAUACUCUUUCUUGGUAAAAUAAGAAUGACUUUCUGAAUGUGGAGAAAGAUUAGGUUAGAUUGACACCAACCCUAUUCCUGCGUUGGGGAGAAAUGUGCUAUGACAAUAGACAAUAGGUGCAGGAGUAGGCCAUUCGGCCCUUCGAGCCAGCACCACCAUUCAUUAUGAUCUUGGCUGACCAUCCACAAUCACUAUCCUGUUCCUGCCUUAUCCCCAUAACCUUUGAUUCCACUGUCUUUAAGAGCUCUAUCCAUCUCUCUCCUCAAAGUAUCCAGAGACUUGGCCUCCACUGCCUUCUGGGGCAGACCAUUCCAUAUAUCCACCACUCUCUGGGUGAAGAAGUUUUUCCUCAACUUUGUUCUAAAUGGCCUACCCCUUGUUUUUAAGCUGUGUCCUCUGGUUCUGGACUCACCCAUCAUCGGAAACAUGCUUCCUGCCUCCAGAGUGCCCAAUCCUUUAAUAAUCUUAUAUGUCGCAAUCAGACCCCCUCUCAUCCUUCUAAACUCAAGUGCAUAUAAGCCCACAGUCUCUCCAAUCUUUCAACAUAUGAUAGUCCCGCCAUUCCGGGAAUUGACCUUGUGAACCUAUGCUGCACUCCCUCAAUAGCAAGAAUGUCCUUCCUCAAAUUUGGAGACCAAAACUGCACACAACACUUCAGGUGCGGUCUCACCAGGGCCCUAUACAGCUGCAGAGGGGACCUCUUUGCUCUUGUACUCAAUUCCUCUUGUCAUGAAGGCCAGCAUGCUAUUAGCUUUCUUGACUGCCUGCUGUACCUGCAUGCAUGCUUUCAUUGACUGAUGUACAAGAACACCUAGAUCUCGUUGUGCUUCCCCUUUAUCUAACUUGACUGCAUUUAGAUAGUAAUCUGCCUUCUUGUUCUUGCCACCAAAGUGGAUAACCACACAUUUAUCCACAUUAAACUGCAUCUGCCAUGCAUCCGUCCCCUCACCUAGCCUUUCCAAGUCACCCUGUAUUCUCAUAACUUCCUCCUCAUAUUUCACACAGCCACCCAGCUUCUUUGUGUCAUCAGCAAAUUUGCUAAUAUUACUUUUAAUGCCUUCAUCUAUAUCAUUAAUGUAUAUUGUAAACAGCUGCGGUCCCAGCACCAAACCUUGUGGUACCCCACUGGUCUCCGCCUGCCAUUUCGAAAGGGACCCAUUUAUCACUAAUCUUUGCUUCCUGUCAGCCAGCCAAUUUUCAAUCCAAGUCAGUAUUUUGCCUUGAAUAACAUGUGCCCUAAUUUUGCUCACCAAUCUCCUAUGUGGGACUCUAUCAAAGGCUUUCUGAAAGUCCAGGUACACCACAUCCACUGGUUCUCCCUUGUCCAUCUUCAUAGUUACAUCCUCAAAAAAUUCCAGAAGAUUAGUCAAGCACGAUUUCCCCUGCGUAAAUCCAUGCUGACUCUGACCUAUCCUAUUACUGCUAUCCAAAUGAGUCGUAAUUUCAUCUUUUAUAAUUGACUUCAGCAUCUUUCCCACCACUGACGUCAGGCUAACCAGUCUAUAAUUCCUUGCUUUCUCUCUCCCUCCUUUAUUGAAAAGUGGGACAACAUUAGCCACCUUCCAAUCCGCAGGAACUGUUACUGAAUCUAUAGAACAUUGGAAAAUGAUUACCAAUGCAUCCAUGAUUUCUAGAGCCACCUCCUUAAGUACCCUGGGAUGCAGACCAUCAGGUCCCAGGGACUUAGCAGCCUUCAGACUUAACAGUCUGUCCAACACCGUUUCCUGCCUAAUAUAAAUUCCCUUCAGUUCAUCCAUUACCGUAGGUCCUUCAGCCACUAUUACAUCUGGACGCUUGCUUGUGUCUUCCCUAGUGAAGACAGAUCCAAAGUACCUAUUCAACUCUUCUGCCAUUUCCUUGUUCCCCAUAAUGUUUGCACUCAUUCCACUUGUGCCAUGGCCAUUUACUACAUUUAUGAAGGAAUCUAACUUUUAUUAAGUAUGAAUAUCUGAUGUACCAUGUCUGCACUUAAGUGACCUGAAGUUAAUGUACUGAGAAUCCUGUAUUUGGACUACUUUGGCGUAGUUGUCAUUGUGUGGAAGUGAGAAGAGUAUCCAUUUGCCUUUCCAUUGAUCCCCAAUCUCUGGCAGAAAACCUGAAGAUACAUUCCAGAAUAACUGACUUGUUAAUGAGGCAGAUAGUUGCUAUGAAUAAACUACAUAAAUGUAAUUUAUUCACCAGGGCAAAAUAGUUUGACUAACCAGAGCCUAAAGUUAAUGUACGUUCUUAUUUGUUUUCUGCUCAUGGUGUUGUUUAUAUUGAUCAAAAACUGAAUACAGGAUAAUUUUAAAUUAUGUUCUUGCAUGCACAACUAGAUUGUGCAAGCUGUUUGCAAAAUUGAAUUGAAAGAUUAUUCAAGAGCACUAAACCAGUUUUAUAUCAGACUUGUAAAGGGAAAGAUAAGGAAGGCUGAUAAACUAAGGGUAAACUGAAAGAAUGGGUACGGCCUAUGUUUUAAAAUAAAUAACAUUUUUCUGAAAAA